GAAGGCUGUAUCGCAGGUGGGCGGUGCUUCCGCGUAGUUUCGACACGCUGCGUCUCAGAACGGGAACCGGCCGGUUUUAGCUUAUCACAGAAAGAUAGAGAGGCGGUUGUCGGGUUUGGUGGUACAUUGCAGCACUUCAGUGGGGAGUGGUGGUGAGGUUUGUCUUCGCUCUGAUUAGAGUAGUCAGUAAGAAGAAUUUGCGCUCAAGCGUGACUUCGGCGGGGAGAGAAAAACAAUUGGUGGAGGAUAGUUAAAGAGGGAGACAUUUCAGUGGACAGCAACGAGAGGGGGAAGCACAGAAGGUUUGGUGUAUUGCAAAAACGUCUUGAGAAGUGACCCUCGCGAAGAAACAUGGAACUUUUAGUGGUGCACCCGGCCAUCAAAGCCUUCAUGUGUGGCUCCCUCAGUGGAACCUGCUCCACGCUGCUGUUCCAGCCUCUCGACCUGGUCAAGACCCGUCUGCAGACUCUACAGACCGGCGUGCAGCCUGGUUCGGGCAGAGUGGGGAUGGUGUCGGUGCUCCUCAGCGUGGUGCGGACAGAGAGGCUGCUGGGACUCUGGAAAGGAGUUUCACCGUCCUUCGUCCGGACCAUCCCAGGAGUUGGGAUCUACUUCAGCACCUACUACUCUCUGAAGCAGCACUUCUUACAGGACAGACGCCCAGGGGCUGCGGAGGCCGUGCUGCUGGGGGGUGGAGCCCGGACGGGCGGGGUAGUGAUGCUGCCGGUUACUGUCGUCAAGACACGUUUUGAAUGUGGCAGGUACAGUUACGGGAGUGUGAUAGGGGCUCUGCGCAGCGUGUGCCAAACUGAAGGUCCUGCGGCUCUGUUCUCCGGCCUCAUGGCCACUCUCCUCAGAGACGUUCCUUUCUCCGGGAUCUACGUCAUGUUCUACAGCCAGACCAAAGCCUCACUGCCCAAAGAGAUCAGCACGUCUCCUGUGGCUCCUGUGGCUAACUUCAGCUGCGGGGUUCUGGCUGGUGUGUUGGCCUCCCUCAUCACUCAGCCUGCUGAUGUGGUCAAAACACAUGUCCAAGUGAAUCCACAACUCCAGACAGCAGAGGCCAUCAGAUACAUCUAUAUGGAAUAUGGACUCCAGGGCUUCUUCAGAGGGGCCGUUCCUCGGUCUCUGAGGAGGACCAUGAUGGCGGCCAUGGCGUGGACCGUGUAUGAACAGAUGAUGGCGCGCAUCGGGCUGAAGUCCUGAAAGUGAUUGAUGUUGAAAAGGUUGCAAAAGGAAGAAGAGAUGUAGAUGGAGUUGCAGUGAUUGUGCGCACAGGAAGCAACUGGAACUACUGCAGUGGAGUUGCUCGUAAGCAUGUCAGAAGUUCGCAGUGACCGAUUUCACUCAGAGGAGUCUAAGAGACAUGUGGGAGGUCUCCUGUACAUUUAGUGUCUUACUGGGUGUGUCUGAAGAUCAGCAUGUGCAAUAUAACUUUAAAAAGACUUUUAAGAUGAUACAAAAAUGCUCUGAUAUUUUUCUACUGCACUACUAAUUACACAAACUGGUGAUUUUGCUCCAACUAUUUGGACCGUGUUUGAGAAAUCCAUUCAGAGUUCUGCGUGUGCUCCUGGGGGGCUUUUUGUGACAAAUGGUUUCUUCCUUCUUGUCUUAAAUUCACUUCCACACAUUUAGGAGUCUUCACAAUCUGCAGGUUAAACUGGGCAGAUCAAAUGCUUUGAGUGCUGAUUAACUGGGAAAUGUUCACUACACACUAGCCUGGCUGUUGUAAGGCUACAAAUAAGAUUUGGACUGUAUCCAGAAACAAUGUCUGAAUACUUAAUAGUUUUAGUCUCUCCACUAAAACUCCUUGAAUGGCAGGGAAAACCCUGGUCUGAGUGGGAUUUCCAAUGCUUCAGAUGUUUGCAUGCUGUGUGCAAUGACUCAGCCCAUGACUACUGCAGGCAGUGAGCCAGAUUAAGCCCAGACUUAUGCACUUUAACCUCAGCAUAUGUUCAAAAUAUAGAGAGCUUCUUAAAGACACGAUUGUGAGUCUCCA